ACCGCCUGUUCGCCCCAGUUCCUCAACCUGCUUGGAUAGCUCGCGGAUCGCGAAGGAUCGGAAAUCUCGCCGUCGCCGUCCCCGUCCGCCGUCUCCCCGUCCGGUUCGCGAUGAGGUUCCACUGGCUGGAGGCCAUGCUGCCGCUGGGCAUCAUCGGCGGAUUUCUCUGCAUCAUGGGCAACGCCCAGUACUACAUCCACAGGGCCGCGCACGGCAGGCCGAAGCACAUCGGGAACGACAUGUGGGACGUCGCCAUGGAGCGCCGUGACAAGAAGCUCGUCGACCAGCCAUCCGGCAACUAGGACAUUGAUCAACAUUGAUCUUUUUGGAUGGUGGCGAAGCUCGUUCAGAGGCCCAGAACUAUUGAUGUUUAGUUUCCAUGUAUACUGGGAACCAGGGCUUUAUUUUCCGCUUACAAAAAUUUCGAAGAUUGGAUGAAUAAUGUGUAUCUGAAAUCUGUUUGAUCAAACAAAGUUGGUUUCAUUGCUGAAUUAUGUGUCAUUUCUCCCCCCUGACCUCUUUCAUGAGUAAAGUGUUGUUUUGUGUCU